AUAUUAUUCAGUCAUACUUCGCGUCGCGGCUACCUUUAAUCGGUUUCCAGUGUCUGCUUUCUCCCUAAAUUCAAAUAAUUAAAAAUACUCGGUCACAAAGCUGAUUUUUGUCUAUUUUAUCAUAAAAGAACUAAAGACAAUUUUUUUCGCCGUGAUUGCUCCCUGCAUGUGUUGUAGAACCUGCGUAGGUUGUUUCAGUUAGCUUGUGUUGCGAAACCAGGUCAAGUGAAUCAGCUGUACUACGGAAAGAAUUGUGAGUCUUCAUGUUCAUUCUCCUACUUUGUUGAGACUCAAAGGAUUUUAACAUUUCUACGGAUAACGUUGAGCGAGGUCGGCCGAUUUUCAAAGGCACUCGCAACAUAGCUACGGCACCACGUGAUACUCUCCUCUUGGUCGAGCCAUGCAGUUUUCAAUCGUGUUGACAGUUGUUUGUUUUGCGAUUAGCGGCUCAGCUCAUAAUAUCCUCGUAUUCUUACCGAACAAAAUUUGGAGUCAUUAUUUCCAGGUGGAGCCCAUCUUCCAUGCCCUCGCUAAUCGGGGUCAUAACCUCACCAUCGUGAGCCCAUUUCCACCAAAAAAUAAGAAUCCCAAUAUCCGUCAUUUUCCUUUGGAGAUGAUCGACUUCGAUGAAAUCAUCCCCAACACAAAUUGGAUGGAGCACUCGUUUGAACGAUGGCACGCGAUUUUCUCGAUCAGCCUUUGGAAGAAAAUGGCCGACGCUAGAAUACCGAAACUACUCGAGUCCUCUGUCUUCCAAGACUUAUACAAUGACGACAACAAAUUCGACCUUAUCUUCACGGAGCUGUUCUUCGGGCAAGAGGCUUUGGUCGUCCUCGGACACAUUUUCAACGCCCCCGUCGUCACGUAUUCCUCUUACGGGUACGAUACAGAAAUCUUCCGUUACUCCGGUGCCAUGAACGCAGUUGCGUAUUUACCAUGGAAGGAUUCUUCUUACCCGACCGUUCACCCUUCGAGUCUCCUUGAAAGGCUGGAUAAUGCUUUGAUCAGUUUUGCUGUGAUGCUGUUCAACGAGUAUUGGUACUUCCCUGACCACGACGCUCUGCUGGCCAAGCAUCUUCCCGGGCCUUUGCCCCGUAUCACGGACAUGCUGAGGAAUGUUUCGCUUUUCAUCCUCACCGCUAAUACUGCAGUCGAUGGUGCUAAACUGUUCCCACCGAAUGUGAUUGAGAUAUCUGGCAUUCAUAUGAAAGAACCGGAGCCUUUGGAUAAGGAUCUGGAAAGAAUAAUGAAUAAGGCAAAGGAUGGUGUGAUAUUCUUCUCUUACGGAUCUCUGUUGACAACGAAUCUAGUCCGAAAGGAGAUUUUACACGCUUAUUUAUCUGCUUUCAAAGAGUUACCACAGACGAUUCUAUGGAAAGCAGACUCUAGUUACCUUAAUUCCUCCAACUUUAAUAUUCCUGAAAACGUCCACAUAAGAAGUUGGUUCGACCAGAAGAGUGUUUUAGCUCAUCCAAACUGCGUUUUGUUUAUGACCCAUGGUGGUGUGUCAAGUACGAUGGAAACUAUACGCUACGCCGUGCCGGUUAUAGGAACGCCGUUCUAUGGAGAUCAAAAAAAUAAUAUGGUGAACGCAGAAUACCUUGGUUACGGUCUGCAAUUAGCGUACCUGAAUAUAACGCGGGAAUCUUUGACCUGGGCAAUUAAUACGGUAUUGGGUGAUUCGAGAUUUAAAGAAAACAUCGGCAAAGCUUCGAAAGUUUUCACCGACAAACCAAUGUCAUCUCUGGAUACAGCUAUAUAUUGGAUAGAAUAUGUUAUCCGGCAUGAGGGUGCUCAUCACUUGAAACCUCUAACGGUUCACAUGCCGUGGUAUCAGCUAUUCUUUUUAGAUGUUUUUGUAAUAUGUGCUGUUAUAAUUUUUGUUGUGAUUUACCUUUUUGUGAAACUAGUCUUAUUUUUAUGUCGAAAACGUGUCAUUGGAAGGAAACCCUUAAAACCAAAGAACCAAUAAAACAUUUUUUUUGCUAAGUCAUUGUUCAAGAAA